AUGCAAGAGGCUGCUAAAGCGACUAAAGCCAUUGCCAGCUUAGGUGGUGAGCAAACCGCAAAAUCAGUCGUCACCAGACAACAUGCCCCACUCUAUUUACCCAAUGACCCCAUCGCAUCACUUUCUGCCGAUGCCAAAGUGAAACUGCUAGAACGCUUAGAGCAAUACGCCCGCAAGCUAGACCCACGCAUUAGCCAAGUCACCGCCUCAAUCGCGGGCGAGUAUGAAGUGGUGAUGGUGGCACGACAUGAUGGCGUCAUGGCUGCUGAUGUUCGCCCAUUGGUGCGCGUGGGCAUUAACGUGAUUGCUGAAAACAACGGACGCCGUGAACAAGGCUCGGCAGGCGGUGGUGGGCGUUUUGAUUACAGUUAUUUUACAGAUGAAGUGCUGCACGACUAUGCUAAAAAAGCUGUGCAUCAAGCAAUUGUUAACCUCGAUGCGUGCCCCGCCCCCGCUGGUAGCAUGACGGUUGUACUUGGUGCUGGCUGGCCUGGCAUUUUGCUACAUGAAGCCAUUGGCCACGGGCUAGAAGGUGACUUUAACCGCAAAGGCAGCUCAGCCUUUAGCAACAUGAUAGGCCAGCAAGUAGCGGCCAAAGGCAUCACCAUUGUGGAUGAUGGCACGAUUGCCGACCGCCGUGGCUCACUCAGCAUGGAUGACGAAGGCAACCCCACCAAUAAAACCGUGCUGAUUGAAGAUGGCAUUUUACGCGGCUAUAUUCAAGACACCCUCAACGCGCGCCUGAUGAAUAUGCCCAUUACAGGUAACGCACGGCGCGAAAGCUACGCGCAUAUCCCCAUGCCGCGCAUGACCAACACCUAUAUGCUUAACGGCACCACACCACCUGAAGAAAUUAUUAAAUCAGUCAAAAAAGGUUUAUACGCGGCCAACUUUGGUGGCGGGCAAGUAGAUAUUACCAGCGGCAAAUUUGUGUUUAGCGCGGCUGAAGCCUAUAUGAUUGAAGACGGCCAAAUUACUUACCCUGUAAAAGGCGCCACGCUGAUUGGCAACGGCCCAGAAGUGCUGAAACGCGUGAGCAUGAUAGGCAACGAUAUGGCGCUCGAUUCUGGCGUGGGUACUUGCGGCAAAGAAGGCCAAAGCGUGCCAGUGGGCGUGGGGCAACCAACGUUGAAAAUUGAUGGCUUAACAGUGGGUGGAACGGCUUAA